UUUUUUUUUCCCAUACCAACUGUCCAUAUAGGAGUAUUACAUAUAUGGAACUUUUAUAAUACUUGAUUUUAUUAUCGGUACUUAUAUUUUUAUGAAGAAUAAAAAUAUUAGUACCAAUACAAAUGACCUUACUUCGGUACCUAUAAAAUUACGCAUAAUCAUUUCUAAAGAUUAAAUUUCUCCUUGAACUUUCAUACGCGAUUGUGAUAAUGUGAACGAAUACAUUAACUAAUCUUCGGAAUAUUUAAUUUUUUCCAUCAUGUCAUAUGCACCUUUGAAACGUUUAACUGGAAGAAUUGCCAUUGUGACCGCUUCUACCGAUGGAAUUGGAUUUGCCAUUGCACAGAGAUUAGCCCAAGAAGGAGCAAAAGUUAUAAUAAGUAGUAGAAAACAAAAUAAUGUUGAGAAGGCGACGAAAUCUCUAAAGAAUGAAGGUUUAGAUGUACGUGGUUUAGUUUGUCACGUAGCUAAAGCAGAAGACAGAAAAAAACUUUUCGAUGAAGCUACUAAAAUCGGAGGUCUUGAUAUUUUAGUUUCCAACGCAGCCGUAAGUACUACGGUAGGAGGAGUACUUGAUUGUACUGAAGAUCAUUGGGAUAAAAUAUUCGAUGUUAAUGUCAAAUCUUCAUUUUUGUUAGCCAAAGAAGCCUUGCCUCUACUUAGAAAGAGUAAAGCCGGAAGGAUUAUUUUUAUAUCUUCAAUUGCUGGUUUUCAUCCUUCGGAAUUCUUAGGAGCUUACAGUGUGAGUAAAACUGCGUUACUGGGGCUUACAAAAGCCGCAGCAGUUCAGUUAGCUAGAGAAAACAUAACGGUAAACAGUGUAGCUCCUGGUUUAAUCGAGACUAAAUUCGCAGAACCGAUUACAUCCAAUGAAGAAGUGGUAAAAAUAGCUGUACCAAUGAUUCCAAUGGGAAGAGUUGGUAAACCACGAGAUAUUUCUGGAAUAGUAGCAUAUUUGGCUUCAGAUGACGGAUCUUAUGUUACAGGAGAAAAUAUGAUUAUAGCCGGUGGAAUGAGCUCAAGAUUAUAAUUUAUUUUUCGAUUUUCAUUGUAGUUUUUGUGGGAAAUAUAUUUUUAACUAAUAAAUCCAAA